AUGAUAGAUAAUUCUUGCACACGAAGCAGCCUUAAGCGCCUCUCUCUUCUUGAGGUCAGCUUAAUGCUGUCUCCUGCAGUUAUCCAAGCACUGUUGGAUCUAGUCAAUGAGCCAGAACCAGAUCAUCCGUUAAGAGCAGAUAUUGCUGAAGAAUUUUUGAAAGAUAGGAAAAUCUUUUUCAAACAGGCAAAUGAGCACUCAAAAAAGUAUGCUGAGAAAAGACCUAACUAAAAUCUUGCACAUACUUAUUACAAACAUUAAGUGCAUUUAAUUUUUGUAUUAGUGUUCAUAGUUUUCACUUAAAUUAGUGCUCAUACAAAAAGAUUCUUGUGGAUGUAAUUUAAACUAAUAGAAUAUAAGAAACUAAUAGAUAAUAUUAAUCAAGAUGUACACCUCCAAAGAAGAUGUUAAGAGCAGAAAAAUUAAUUCUGACCAGUCUCAUGACUGUUCUAUAAUAAUUAACAAUAACUACAGUAUAGAUGAAAGAAUUUCUGCGGUGAGAUCUAUGGCUGAACGCCUUCAAAUAACAUUGGAAGAUAUUAAAAAUGCAUCUAAUUCAGUCAAGCUUAAUUCGUUGAGCAUAAUCCCACCUGAUCUGCUCCCUAUUGAAAUCAAAUUAGCUGAUGGACAAAAAGUCACUGUUAUGGAAACCGAUCCUGUAGUAACCUGUUUUGAUGGACAUUUGACUGGUGUAAAAGGAGAUAUCAUCCAUAUUACUGAAAAAGAAAUCAAAGAGUUACCUGAGAAUUUCGUUCUACACAAAAAAGAAUUUACUGUUAACCCUGAUAAUUUAGAGCUGAUAUUACCUCAAAUCAUAGAAAACUUAUUGGUACCAAAUGUUAAAGAAAGUAACUUUCUCAAUAUGCCCGGCACUAGUAAAAUACUAGACACACCAUCCAAUUCUGGUGGUGAGAAUUUGUUGUUGUGCACAAGUGUAAAAAAAUAUAUAGAAGUGAACAAUGAAAUACAAAGUGUUACUGCUACUGAGUCUAAGGAUUUUCCAAGCAAAAAAGUCAGUGAUGAUAUUGUGCCAUCUGCUAAAGAUCAUACAGCUGAGGUUUCUCAUUCUGAAGUAGGCUCUUUUGUCCACAAAGAAUAUAAAAACACUUGUGAUGAUAACUUCAAUAUAUCUCCAAAAGAGUCUCUUUUGAAAGAAAAUGGUUCAUCACCAUUUUCAUCAAAGAUUCAAGUAAUUGGUCUUGUUGAUACGGGGAUUUUGAGAGAUUCCGGGAGUGAAGAAGGACUUCAUAACCUAGGUGAAGAUUUUGACAAUAAAGAAUUUAGUCCUAAAAAACAAGCUGCUACUAUUAUUUUAGAUAAGGAACUAGGUAGUCCUUCAGAUUUCAGAUCUGUUUUUUUUAAUAGUCCUUCUCCUGUUCUUAAAAAAGUUAAUGUAAGAAAAAGUGCUCGUGCUCACAAACCAAAAAUUAGAUCAUCUUUUAAGAGCUGGGAUGACUUGAAGAUUAGACUUCCUCGGCAUAGCAGGAAAGGAGGAUCAUCUAAAAGCAGGCAGUUGAAACAGAAGAAAAAAAUAAAGAAGUCAAAUCAAAAGUAGAUGUUAAUUUUUUACUUCAUUGUUAGAGUUUAUUUUUGUUAAUUAAGUAGUUUUCUUAUUGUUGUAUAGUUUUCAAUAUGAAACACUUCUGUAUGUUUUAAGUAUAAAAUAUAGAUUACUUAAAUAUAUAUUUAACUUGUGGAAUUUAAUCAUACCUAAUGUUUAAUUCAUAUAUUAGGUUGUCCCACAAGUUCUUUCUUUUUUGUUAAAGUUGAUUUACAGUGUUAUAUAUCAACCGUUUUACUCUAUUACCUUUUUUCAUCGAGAUGCGUUUUUAUUUCUCUUUCGAAUUUGUGACAUUUAACUCACUUACAGUUUUAUUGGGAUCGCAACUUGCAGUUUGAUUGGGACUUUCUACCUCAUCCUCCCCCCUAAUCCCAGACCUUGCCCCAUCUAAUUAAUACUUCUUUCUUUCUUUUCUUUUUUUUAAAUUCUCUCCGAAAUAAAUGUCACAAAUUCAAAAGAGAAAUAAAAACUCAUCUCGAUGAAUAUUUUACAUAUAACUCUCAACAAUUUUGAGAAAAGGGUAUCAGAGGCUUCCUGAGAAAUGGAAGAAAGUAACAGAGUAGAACGGUUCAUAUAUAACACAGUAAAUCAACCUUAAACAACAAAUAAGGAAAUAAGAAAGAACUUAUGAGACAACCUAAUAUAUGAACUAAACAUUAGGUCUGAUUAGAUUCCAGAAGUUAAAUAUAUUUUUAAGUCAUUUAUAUAACUUAUUGAAAUUAAAAGUCAUGGACUUACAUGUAUAGAAAGGAAGUUUAAAUUGGACAGAAAUAUUUAUAAGUCCUGCAUUUCAUAUCAGUAUUUUGUUUAUUUUUUUCUCUCUUAUACUUCUAUUAUUAAUAAUCUAUUCUAUACAAAUAUUUCAUUAAACAUUUCAAUGUUGUUUAUUUAUUUAUUAUUUUGUUUGUUUGUUUAUUAUUUACCUAUAUAUGAAUAUAGUUGUUUUUCUCUUUUGUACUUUUAUUUUUAAU